GAGAAAUAACGGAAGAGUUUUAGUGUCAGUUUGGAGCCGGUCGGUGCUGCAAGGAUGAUUUGGGAUGUUUGGAGUUUUUUCCUAGUGAAAGUGCUAGGGCCAAUCACUGCAGUCCUACAAAUUGCGGCUGUUCUCAUCACGUCAACAUUAUUCAAGCACGACUUCUAUCCCGAAAACACUGCUAUAACAGAUAACCAAGUUUUCGAUUUUGUGAUAAUUGGCGGUGGGACGGCCGGUUGCGUGAUCGCCAACCGCCUCACUGAAGUCGGGAACUGGUCUGUGCUGCUCGUGGAAGCUGGAGAUGAUCCCCCUUUUCUAUCAGAGAGUCCCGGCCUCUCGCUGCUGUCGAUGCCGGCGCUUCCCGAGUGGGAGCUGUACACCGAAGACGACAAGUUCUCGAGUCAGGCGCAAAAAACCAACAGCAUAAGGAUGUACCAGGGAAAAAUGUUGGGAGGUUCGAGCAGCCUCAACUACAUGUUCUACGUGAGAGGCAACAAGGCCGACUACGACGGGUGGGCGGACCGAGGCAACGACGACUGGGGCUGGGACGCCGUCCUCGAAUAUUUCAAGAAGAGCGAGCGCAUGAACGACGAGCACAUCUGGAAGACUGACUCCGCGAGCUUACACAACAAGCACGGCUACUUGGGCGUGUCCAAGUCGCACUGGAACGAAACGGACGAAUACUUGCGGGGAUUCGAGUUGGCAGGUCACGAAGCUAUAUACGAUAUCAACGGACACCGACAGCUCGGCUUCGGUAUUCCGUUCUUUACGGUCGAUGACAGCGUUCGCCAAAGCACCGCUCAUUCGUUUCUCCGCCCUAUAAAAAAUCGCCAAAAUUUAUAUUUAGCUAAAAACACGAGGGCGAAUAAAAUUAUCUUCGACGAGGAUAAUCGAGCUGUGGGAGUGGAGCUCGCGAGUUCUAACGGCGAUCGCAAAGUCGCGCGGGUUGAAAAGGAGGUGGUCCUCUCCGCCGGGGCCCUCCACAGCCCCCAGCUCCUGAUGCUCUCCGGUAUCGGACCCAGGCGAGAUCUAGAAUCUAUCGGAAUAAAACCAGUAGUAGAUUCGCCUAAAGUCGGCUCAAAUUUGAUGGAUCAUAUGAUAGUGCCGGUGAUUUCCAAGUCGGAAAGGGACUUAAACUCUUUGAUAAAGAAUCUCGACGUUUUUACUAGGACCGACCACAUAAAUUUGCCAUCGAUUCUCGGGUUCGUGGCUCUCGACAAAUCCCAAACGUAUCCAGACUACCAGGUUUCGGCGUUCCCCAUGCCCGCGGGAUCCCCCGUGCCGACGCUGUUCUCGGGGCAGGUUUUCGGAUACAACGACGCGAUAUGCCAGAACAUCGCCAGAUCCGGUACCCACGAGCAGCUCUACUCGUUGAUAACGUAUCUUCACCCCGAGUCCCGGGGCCGGAUCACCUUGAGAUCGGCCGACAUUAGCGACGCGCCGCUGGUCAACGUCGCAUACUUUUCCGACGAGCGCGACCUCGACAAGUUCGCGAGAUCUGUUGCGGAUUACGUUUCCGUAUUCAACACCACAUUCUUCCGAAGCAUAGGGUCGGAGGUUGUAUACUUGGAGCGGGAUAAAUGCAAGGAUCACGUCCCGGGCAGCCUCGACUAUUGGAAAUGCUACGUGUUGAACAUGGCCGCGAGCCAGUUUCACGUCUCGGGAACUUGCGCUAUGGGUCCCCGGGACGACGACGUCGUGGAUAAGCAUCUCAAAGUGAGAGGUGUGAGAGGACUUCGGGUGGCCGACGCCAGUGUGAUGCCGACUUUGGUGAGCGGUAAUAUCAACGCUGCAGUGAUCAUGAUUGGCGAGAAAGCUGCCGAUAUGAUUAAAAUGGAUCACACUGAAUGUUAAAAGAGGCACGUUAGAGGUGCGAACUUGCUGUCUGACCAACUAUCACAAAGUAAUGCCAUGUGACAAAGCCUGUUUGGACCCAAGGCUAUCGCCAUCUAUGUUGUGGAGGAGUAUAAGUGACCUUAACUGUCGUCCUAGGUUGGAAAAACCCAUUACCACACCGACAUAAAACACGAAUACGGGUACAAAAGACUAGUAAUGCAAAAUAAUACGUACUAGGUCAUAACUCAUAGACAUAAUUAAGUCUACGAUGUUUAGUAUUAGGUACUUUAGUGCACGCAAACAACAAACACGUUAUUGACGCCAUUGUAGGAUUAAAUGCGAAUACCUAUUCGUUUAUUCCUUUAAACAUUA